AUGUCGGCGGUGGGCGGCGGUUCCUGCGGGCCGGGCGCCGCGGCUUGCGGCGGGGGCGCGGCCGGCUCGGCCUCGGCGGCGGGCGGCGGGGUGUCCAUGUUCCGCUGGCUGGAGGUGCUGGAGAAGGAGUUCGACAAGGCCUUCGUGGACGUGGACCUGCUGCUGGGCGAGAUCGACCCCGACCAGGCCGACAUCACCUACGAGGGGCGGCAGAAGAUGACCAGCCUCAGCUCCUGCUUCGCCCAGCUCUGCCACAAGGCGCAGACCGUGUCCCAGAUCAACCACAAGCUGGAGGCACAGUUAGUUGAUUUGAAGUCUGAACUGACAGAAACGCAGGCAGAGAAAGCGGUAUUGGAAAAGGAAGUGCAUGAUCAGCUUUUGCAACUCCAUGCUGUCCAACUUCAGCUACAUGCCAAAACUGGUCAGAGUGUUGAUUCUGGGGCUAUUAAGGCAAAACUGUCUGUCCUUUCUGUGGAUGAAAUGGAGAGAGAACUUGAAGCUAACAAGAAAGAAAAAGUGAAAGAAGCUCAGCUGGAAGCUGAGGUGAAGUUGCUGAGGAAGGAAAAUGAAGCACUUCGUAGACACAUAGCUGUGCUUCAGGCUGAGGUUUAUGGAGCAAGAUUGGCAGCCAAGUAUUUAGAUAAGGAACUAGCUGGAAGGGUCCAGCAGAUUCAGUUACUGGGCCGAGAUAUGAAAGGACCUGCUCAUGACAAGCUCUGGAAUCAGCUUGAAGCAGAAAUACACCUUCACCGUCACAAAACCGUUAUUAGAGCUUGUCGAGGUCGGAAUGAUCUGAAACGACCAAUGCAAGCACCACCAGGACAUGAUCCUGAUGCCUUAAAGAAGAGUCAAGGUGUUGGUCCAAUCAGAAAAGUUUUGCUGGUUAAAGAAGACCAUGAAGGACUAGGAAUUUCAAUCACAGGUGGGAAGGAGCAUGGUGUUCCAAUACUGAUCUCUGAAAUCCAUCCUGGACAACCUGCUGAUCGAUGUGGAGGACUGCAUGUUGGUGAUGCUAUUCUGGCAGUAAAUGGAGUUAAUCUAAGAGAUGCCAAACAUAAAGAAGCUGUAACUAUUCUUUCCCAACAGAGAGGUGAGAUUGAAUUUGAAGUAGUGUAUGUUGCUCCAGAAGUUGAUUCAGAUGAUGAAAAUGUAGAAUAUGAGGACGAGAGUGGACACCGUUAUCGUUUAUAUCUUGAUGAAUUGGAAGAAGGUGCAAAUUCAAGUUCUAAUAGGAAAGAUGCAAAUGUGGAUGUCAAACCCUCACAAGUGUUUGAUAAGAAGCCAAGUAUUGAUGGACAUGAAAAUGGAGACCUGGGGAAUUCAGUUGAAGCUCCGUUAGAAGACACUGCACCCAAAUUAGCCCGUUCUGCUGAGUCCUUAUCCUAAAAACAAACAAAAAAUUCAACUGGACAGAUCCCGUCUUUGGGAAUAAUUGAUAAUCAAUAUUGACUGCUCCAAGUUGCAUAUACUAGUGUAGGUUGUAAAAGGAUGAUUAAAUGUCAAAGGGAACUGUAUUACUGUUGCCUGGAAAAAAGGCAGUUACCUCAGGGCUUCAUUGUGAGCAAUUCUAAAUGUGGAAAACUGUCUUUUGCGUGACACACAGUAGUUAUCUAACACAAGGCAUGUGAAAUGAAUUUUCUUUUAAUAAUAAGCACCAAAGCAUGGGAUUUCUAAAAAGGAUAACCUCAAUACAUUGAACUUUUAAUCUCACUGAUGUGCCCAAGGAAGCAGAAUAAGAUGUUGCCAGCUUCAUUUUGACCCUUUGAUGUUUUAAAGGGACAACUGAUGUUCAGUUUGGUGUGAAACAAGCUUUAACUCUAGAAGGAUGAGGGGGAGAAUUGUACAAUUGCAUCCAUGAGUUUUGUACUUAAGAUUUUUGAACUGCAACUUUUAAAAGAAAGCAUUUUUUUCCUCAGAAUAGUAGAAACCAGAGCUUUUAUUUGAGCAAAGACCAUCAAAACCCAAAUGGGACAGUGGAGUACUUGCUAAUCGUGAUCCUUCAGCCCAUGGUCAUUUUAUGAGUGAGAUUUUUGGCGUUGUUGUUUUAAUGAAUUCACUGCCAAUUGUUCCAUUUGAAACUUGCUCCAGAAGUAUUUAAACAGAGUAUUAUGGGGUUUUAAAAGCAAAAUUAGUUUAAAAAAUACUUACAAUUAUGUGGGCCCUUUGUUUUUUUUUUUCCCUGAGCAUAAUCAAUUUAGCAUUCAUUCUUGAAUGGAUAUGGUUACUGCUAAUGCGAAGUGGUUUGAGUUGGUCAUCAUUAGCUUGACCUUAUGAAAUGCUGAGUGCUUUUGAUGAGUACUGAACAUGUUCAUUUCACAUUAAAAUAAUCUUUAAAGAAGUGAAAGUUGAGUGCACAGUACUUUACAGGAGGUGCUCAGAAUCAUAUGGUGUCUGGCCCUAUCUGUGUUAUGUUAUGACAGUUGUAUUAACCUAUAAUUGUCUUACUGUUGAAACAAACUGUUACUCCUUUUGUAAAAGCAGUGUAUCUUAAAAUAGCUUUUAAUUGGUGUACGUCUAAAGGCCCACAGCAUGGCUGCAAAUGGGAAUGUUGAGGAUGGUUUCUUGGCCAGUUUCUCAUACUCCAUUUGUAGGUCUUUUGGUGAAGUGCAGCACUCUUCACAUGCAAGCUCUACAUUGUAAUCGCGUUUAUUAUUUCAGCAUGCAAUGCCGGCUUUCCUGUUCACUGCUCUGCAGGCUGGUGAACUGUAAUGUGAAAAGAUAAGGUUUUGUACGUUGAGAGAAGAACUAAUGUGAAAAGACAUCUUUGCAGGUGUUACUGUGUAGGAUGUACAUACAUAAGAAAAAACCUCAAAGGCCUUCAGAGUAACAUCAGCUAAUCUUAUGUUCUAAAUUGUGAUGUAGAACACGAUUACUUGUCUCUCGUAGGAGCACUAUAUAUAUGUUUAUAGAAAAAGCCUAAAAAUGUAUAUACUUUAUUCAAAGAUUUUGCUAUUUAUAAAUCCCUUAACUUCGCUAUUUACAUGAUCGUUUUGUGUGUGUGUGCGUGCACGCAUGAGUUCCACUUACUCAGUGGAAUAACAUCAUUUGGUUCAUUUUUUGUAAUAGUCUUUGUCAUACAGCAUACUGUUGAAAGUUUUUAAAAUAGUCAAAGCUGUACAGUUUUCACCAAACAGAAACUAAAAACUAAGAAAAUAAAGCUGUGUGAAGAAGAAACAGGUCCCCAGGCACGUUCCUUUUUCUGAAACUUCAGAAAAUUGGGGACACAUUGGCUGUGUGUUAACAGAUGAAUCCACUGCCAUAACUUUGCAUCCAAAUUUUGUGUUUUUCCUGCAGUUACUCAAGCAGAGUGCACUCUGAAACUCUCUGUGGCCUGGAACACUCAGUGUCCUCUCUGUCAGAAAGGAUAGUUCAAAGCCAAGUAGUGAUCUUCUUGUCUUUGAAGAUCACCGCUGUAUGAAAUCUUGCUGCAAUUGUAAGAAAUGAGACUCAUCCAGCUAGUCUAGUAACUUUUAAAAAAGGCAUUAAAUUUGCCUGUACAGUUUCCCUUUAUUUGAGGGAAAGGUGAAAUUUUUAAUUUAUUCGUUCUUCCUUACUUCUUGGCAUACCUUAUUUUCCACUUAAUGCUUUUGAUCAGUUUUAGGCUGAAGUGGGAGAAUGUUUCCAGAGUUAUUUUCCUAACAUUCCUUGUCCACCAGUUUCUCAUGAUGCUGUGCUUGCUCUUUUCUUCAUCUUCUGGAAGUUGCUGGACCCUUUCUCUGCUCUUACCUUGUCUAUUUUUAACCUAUAUGUGAGAUCAACAGAAGGAACAAUUGCUGAGGAAAAUGACUAGGAGUAGACAAAUCAGGUAGCAGUAAAUUAUCACCAGAUUUCCUUCUCUGCAGUUUUUAUAAUCUUUGUUUAGAAAGCCCUGAAUGGGAGGACUUUGCUCAGACACUACAGUCUGUCUCCAUGUACUCCAUACUUCCUACGAGCUGAUUUAACAUACUGGUUUAUUGUAGUCAUACUGAGAUGCUUAGAGAUUAAUACUUAAACUGAGAAAAUUUUUGCAAGUCGGGAUUUCCAGAUUCAAUAGACAAAUGUGUAUUCUCCCCUUUGUCAGUAACUGGAAGACUCAGUCCUGCUGAUUCCCAGAGGUUCAAUGAAUUAGACUUGGAAGAAUUUCUGAGGAAAGUCAGUAUUCAGACUUCAUUUUUAUUUUUUAAAGUGUAAAACGGUUUACUUGUGUGUGUAUAUAUAUUUUUACUUAAAAAAAUAAAAUAAUAUUCUAAAGAGAAUUUUGCGAUUUUUUUUGAGUAGAUAAUUCCUUGCCUAUUAAAAAAAUCUUCAGUGAGACAAUUGUAUUUUAAGCUAAAGGUGGACAGUGUGUGUUGGUGUCUGGGACCAAUGUUAAUUAAAAGCAUGUAAGUUAAGGAAAGUGCUUUAUGGCACUUAACUCUGAUCGAAGGCUGUAUGUAGUAUUUCCUUUGUAGAAAUGUAUUCUUGGCAGUGAAGAAGGUUUGUAUCUGUCUCAAUAUAUGUUAAUCCACAGUUGUAUCAAACAAAAUUCAGGUAUUUAUUGUAGCUGUCCAAACAUUAUUACAUCAUAGAUUACUCUCAUUUCUGUAGCAGAUAGAACAUUUUGCAACAAAUGUAUACAUCUAGUUAAGCUGAAUAUAAUAUAUUUUUAUUAGCCUGUAAAUAAAUAUACUCUUCUGCAUUGCAGUGAUUUCUGCACCUAAUUCAGAUUGGUAUUUAAUUUUCUUCUGGUUUUAUAUAUAAAAUACAGACACCUAACCCUGUGUGUGAUCUUUUUCUGUUAAGCCUGUAGUCCACACCCAGCCAAAGAGCUAAUAUGAGGAAAACCCAAACUACAUAACAUGAAGUUUGACACUAAUCCAGUCUUGGCCAGCAAUGGUUAAUAGCAAAUUACAUUUUUAAAAAGAUAAGAGUUAUAGGACAUGUCUCAAAUUUCAUUGAGAUGCUUUUUCUGCUGAAUGCUUUUCAAUGAAAGAAAAAAAGGAAAUAUUUGCAGUGUCUGGCUGUAUAAUAAUACCAUAAAUAUUCUGAAGCCGUUGGCUAAGAAGAGCUAUAAAGAUCCCAACCUGUCAGAGGAUUAAGUCAUUUGGAUAAAAUUGUGGAAACUGCCUUUUUUCUGUCUUUUGUUUGUUUGUUUUCCAUGCAUUAGAAAUAAUAAGUAUAUUCUGAGUUUUCCACUGAAGUUAUAAACCACUUAUCUUUAAGUUAUAGUUUUUAUUCCUGAUAUUAAAGUCUUUUUGUUCA